GGGGAGGGCACCGAAUUUCUCUCCCCAGAGACCUACUGCAGUCGCGCCUUGCGGGAGUUCAAGUGGAAUAACCUCCCCCAUCCCUCUCCCCCGCCCCCUCCCCCCAGAUCUCAGUCCUCGCCCUCCUCCCGGGUCUGUUCUGGGACCUCCGCGCCGUCGCAGGUCUUGGUCUGAGCGGCCCCUUUUCUCGGAAAGCGGCGGCCGAGAGGGGUGAAGGUGGCUCUCGGGUAGCGAUCAGACCUUCGGGAGCGGUGGGGCUGGGGCUGGGACUGGGGCGGGGGCGGGCGGGAGGAUGAGCUCCCCCGGCACAGAGAACGCGGGGAAGAGCCUGCAGUACCGAGUGGACCACCUGCUGAGCGCCGUGGAGAGCGAGCUGCAGGCGGGCAGCGAGAAGGGCGACCCCACGGAGCGCGAGCUGCGCGUGGGCCUGGAGGAGAGCGAGCUGUGGCUGCGCUUCAAGGAGCUCACCAACGAGAUGAUCGUGACCAAGAACGGCAGGAGGAUGUUUCCGGUGCUGAAGGUGAACGUGUCUGGCCUGGACCCCAACGCCAUGUACUCCUUCCUGCUGGACUUCGUGGCGGCCGACAGCCACCGCUGGAAGUACGUGAACGGAGAGUGGGUGCCCGGGGGCAAGCCCGAGCCGCAGGCGCCCAGCUGCGUCUACAUCCACCCCGACUCGCCCAACUUCGGGGCCCACUGGAUGAAGGCGCCCGUCUCCUUCAGCAAAGUCAAGCUCACCAACAAGCUCAACGGAGGGGGCCAGAUCAUGUUGAACUCCUUGCACAAGUAUGAGCCCCGGAUUCACAUAGUGCGAGUGGGGGGUCCGCAGCGCAUGAUUACCAGCCACUGCUUUCCUGAGACCCAGUUCAUAGCUGUGACGGCUUAUCAGAACGAGGAGAUCACAGCUCUUAAAAUUAAAUACAAUCCAUUUGCAAAAGCUUUCCUUGAUGCAAAGGAAAGGAGCGAUCACAAAGACAUGAUGGAAGAACCCGGAGACAGCCAGCAAGCUGGGUACUCCCAAUCAGGGGGGUGGCUCAUUCCUGGAACCAGCACCCUCUGUCCACCUGCCAACCCCCAUGCUCAGUUUGGAGGCCCCCUCCCCCUGCCCCCCACGCAUGGCUGUGAAAGGUACCCGGCCCUGCGGAGCCACCGGUCCUCGCCAUAUCCCAGCCCCUACGCUCAUCGGAACAACUCUCCAACCUAUUCUGACAAUUCGUCUGCGUGUCUGUCCAUGCUGCAGUCCCAUGACAACUGGCCUAGCCUGGGAGUGCCCACCCACACCAGCAUGCUCCCCGCGAGUCACAACGCUGGCGCGUCUGCUGGCUCUAGUCAGUACCCCAGCCUGUGGUCCGUGAGCAACGGCGCCGUCACCCCGGGCUCUCAGACGCCAGCGGUGCCCAACGGGCUGGGAGCCCAGUUCUUCCGAGGCUCCCCGGCGCACUACGCGCCCCUCGCCCACGCCGUCUCGGCCUCCUCCUCCUCAGGGUCCCCGCUGUAUGAAGGGGCUGCCACGGCCACAGACAUUCCUGACAGCCAGUAUGACGCCUCUGCCCAAGGCCGCCUCGUAGCCUCAUGGACACCUGUGUCGCCACCUUCCAUGUGAAUCCAGGCCCCUGUCUCGCAGCGCCCAGCGGCUGUCUGUUGUGGCCACCAGUGUUGAUUGGACUGAUCUACUAGGCACAAAGUGGCGGUCUCAUGGGUCCAAGGAGGGAAGUAAAGCCGUGCUGACUUCAUUGUAAAAUGGGAGGAGGAAUACAAGCUCUGCCCUCUGUCAAGAGUCUCACCCCCUUUGCUGCCAUCCUCAGUAGCAGUGUUGUCCCAAGGGGUUUAUGUGCCACACGUGAAUCCAGGGUGGGAAUGAUGCAGUUGGCCCAAUUCCCCGUGAGUGAGUCACAAUGAUUUGCCAGAGUCCAGAAACCUUUUCGGAGAAUUUGCA